UUUGAAGAGAAAAAUAUAGUAGAAAAGAAAUGGAUUUUUAAAGUUGAAGAAAGUAUAUCAAUAUAAGUGUCUAUUUAUAGAGGGGAAAAAAAGAAAGCCGUUGGUAAUUUUUUUUUUUUUGGAUUUGUAUUUUGUAAAAUAUAUCCGUUGUAAAAUUACAACGGAUAUAUUUAAAACUGACAACACGUGUCAAGCAGCGGCUGGGAGCGCGCCACUUGGCCCAGCCGCUGCUUUCUAUUUUUUUUUUCUGAAAGAUAUCCUUGAAACGACGUCGUUUUGCUUUUAGUUGAGUGGAAAAUUUGGGUGGGGCCCACAACGAAUUUGUUCUUCUGACUGAUUGCAGCAACAAUCGAACUUGCAUCCACUCAAGAUGAACAAACUUAGAGUUUGCCAUUAAGCCAACCAUUUUAUUGUUCACUCAUUGUGAACCAUUUAAUUGUUCACCCUUAAGGGUGCUCUUAACGAACCAGACUCACCAUUAACGAGAUCUCAACUCUCAAACAAUGAUUAACACCUAUCAUUUAGGGUUACUCAUGGCCUUAAUUUAUGUAAUUUUCUUAGGGUUUUCGGUGUUGUUGGGGUUGAGCAUGGUGUUUGUUAUGGUGUUGUGUUGGGGUUCGUGCGCCAUUGAUGAUGACAGAGGUUGAAGAAGAUGAGAAAGGUUGGAGGAUGGAUGAUGAAGAUAGAAAGAGAAGGAGGAAGAGGUCAGAUUUGUGAAUGAACUACGGUCAGAAAUUGAACUUUGGGGCAAUUUCUCCCACUAUAAUACAAUACUUUUCUAUCUCUAAGUUAUGUUUUCUCUCUCCUAAGUUCUAGACUCUAACAUACAAGUUACUAACACCGUUAAAGUUAGUCCGCCUCACUAACAUUAGCAUUAGUAAUAUGAAAAGAAUAAAUAACAUAUUCCAUGGCAUAUAAUUUCAAGAAUGUUAAAAGUUGUUACUAUUGGAUAUUAAUGCGGAUCGGCUCAUUCAAAAUAAACUAAAUUAAAACACAUUUUGCCGAAAGCUGAAUCCACAACAAUUUCAAUGGUAUAUUGAAAAAUAUUUCCUUCGGUUUUUUAGGUAUAUCACUUUCUUAAAACGGAAAUUCCAAAUUAGUUGCAUUAUUUUCUUUUUUAAUUAAUAAACUCUCUCGAUUUCUCUCUUAUCACAUGGGUUUAUUUUUUAUUUUAUCUAUCUCUCUCGUCUCAAAAAAAAAAAAAAUAACUGAGGAAGUAAUUUCCACAUAGCAAAAUAAAUAAAACGAAUAAAGACAUUCAAUUAAAAAAAAUAAAAAAUAAAAAGGUUUCAAAGUGUAGCCGUUAGCCAUUACAAAGCAUCGCAUUUAUUUUGAUAAAAAAAAAAGGAUCAAAGUAUUCUCAAGAUGACCGUUACAUUCCCCCGCAAUUCAAAUUCACCAAAAACCCAAUUCACCUAGAUAGAACGAGAUUCCCACAAAAUUACAGAAACCAGAAAUGGAAGAAGAAACAACAUUACAACAACUCAGAUCCAAAGCCACGGAACUUCUACUCAGAGAAGAUUGGAAUGAAUCAAUUAAAGUUUACUCCAAAUUCAUCUCUCUUUGCCAACAACUUCUUUCAAACACAAUUCAACAAUCAGACCUUUUAAAACUCCAGAAAUCCCUCUGUUUAUCCUUCUCGAAUCGAGCCGAAGCCCGGUUUCGAUUAAGGGAUUUCGAGGAAGCCCUCAAAGAUUGCGAUGAAGCACUUCAAAUUGACAACACCCAUUUCAAAACCCUUGUUUGUAAAGGUAAAAUCUUGCUCAAUCUCAAUAGAUAUUCUUUGGCUUUGGAUUGUUUUAAGGGGGUUUUGGGUCUUGAAUCACAACAGUGUAAUGGGAAUUUAGAGAUGUUAAAUGGGUUUAUUGAGAAAUGUAAGAAGCUUGAUUAUUUGUCAAGAACAGGUAAUUUUGAUGUUUCUGAUUGGAUUUCUGGUGGGUUUUCUGGGGUUUGUCCUGAACUUGGUGAAUUUGUUGGUAAUGUUGAGAUUAAAAGGUCUGAAAUUAGUGGAAGAGGUUUGUUUUCUACUAAAAAUAUUGAUGUUGGGAGUUUAAUUUUGGUUACUAAAGCUGUUGCUACAGAAAGAUGUAUUUUACCUAAAUGUAGUAAUGGGGUUUUAGGUGAAAAUGCUCAAUUGGUUAUGUGGAAGAAUUUCAUAGAUAAGGUUAACGAAUCGGCCUCGAAAUGUCCCAAAAUCCGUCAUUUGAUUAGUAAAUUGUCAAUUGGAGAGAAUGAAGAUGAUCUUGAAGUACCUGAUAUUAGUCUCUUCAAGCCUGAAACUGAAGGGGUGAAUUUUCCUACUGAAGACCUUGACGUAGACAAGAUUUUGAGUGUACUUGAUGUGAAUUCGCUUGUCGAAGAGGCGGUUUCGAGCAAAGUUCUAGGGAAAAAUAGUGAUUAUUAUGGUAUAGGCUUAUGGUUGCUCCCUUGUUUGAUCAACCAUUCUUGUAGUCCUAAUGCAAGGCGUUUGCACAUUGGUGAUUAUGUGGUUGUUCUUGCUUCUAGGGUAGUUAAGGCAGGGGAAGAGAUCACAUUUGCUUACUAUGAUGUUCUUUCUCCAUUUAGCAAGAGGAAAGAAAUGGCCAAAACAUGGGGAUUCCAAUGUGAGUGUAAGAGGUGCAAAUACGAGGAAGAAAUGCAAUCCAAGCCCGAGAUUGGAGAGAUUGAGAAAGGAAUCGAACGAGGAGUGGAUGUUGGUUGUGCCAUUUUUCGAUUAGAGGAGUGCAUGAGGAGGUGGGUGAUGAGAGGAAAAGAGAAAGGUUACUUUCGAGCAUCGUUUUGGAAAGCAUUUUCUGAGGCUUAUGAAUCGGAGAAGACUGUAAGGCGGUGGGGGAGGAAGAUACCGGCAUUAGAGCCGAUUGUGGACAGCUUAGUAGAAGCAGUUGGAGGUGAUGAAAGGGUACUCAAAGUUCUUGUUAGGAAGCUGAAGAAAAGUGGUAAUGGGUUUGCAGAAAUGGAAAGGGCAAUCAAGUUAGGAAGAGGUGUUUAUGGUAAGAUUGUGAAGAAACAAGCUCUUAGAAUUCUUCUUGAACUUGGAGUUCAUGAAUAAUGCUCUACUAACUUAGUAGCAUGCUUAAUUUUGUUAAUUCAUUCUUCUGCUAUAAGUUUUUUAAGUAGAGAAAGAUUAACAUGUCAUUUUGUUAGCUAGUUUCAAGUUUAAGUGAUUUUUAGCUUGGAUCUUUUCAUGUCUUGAACAAUUUGUUAGUGGCAAUCAAGACAAUUAUCUUUGUCUAGUGCUCUAAUAGUUUCUGGUGCUUGGAUUAUUUUAGAUAUGACUAUAUGAGCAUUAGUUCACACCCAAGAUUUGUGUAAGCAGAGGAAUAUUUGGACUAUAGUCUAUACUUGGCUUAUUUGAAUACAGAUUGGCUUACUGUUUGCUUACAUAAAUUUCUAGAAUAAAAAGUAUUAUUUUUUCAAUUCAACUAUGGUUUUGGUGAUUUGUUGAUUUGUUUGGUGCAAAUGAAUCAAAUUUGAGGGAAACAUAACUGUUAUGGUCUGUUUGAUAGAUAGAGUAGGUGGUAAAAAAUGGUGUUAACUUUUGUUGUUGGUAAUUUAUUGUAAUUUUGAAAGUAUGUUAAUACAUCAUAUAAAUAUAAUCCGUAUUAGUUUAGAUGUGAAUCAUGUGAUAUGAACUUUUUUUUUUUUUUUUUUUUUUUUGGGUGAAAAAGAGGGGCAAGCCCAAAGAUGUGAUGAACUAUGAAGUGCAGUAAAAUUGGAUGAGAAGAAACACAUUUUUAGAGAUGAAAUUGUAUAGCCAAACUAAGUACGAGCUAAGUUUUCCUAAUAAGAUGUCAUAUAAGCAUACUCGGAAAAAUAAUUUGCUCUAGCUAGUGAUUAUGUUUCUAUUAUUAAUCGAGAGAUAUAAGGACCGAAUGACUCUAGACUUUUUGUCCAAGGUGAAAUUGG